AGAAAAUUAUUUUAUUUAUGUUAAAAUUAAUGUUUAUUAGAUAAUGUAUAUUUCUCUAAAACAACCUUGAUUUAAUUAAUAUUGCAUCUUAUAAUAUAUUUUAUAUAUGUAUAAAUCAUCAACUUAUAGUGAAAUUUAAAUUCUUCUCUAGGAUGCAUACCAUAUAGUCCGCUAGAGGUGCACGACGAAUGUGCUUGAAUGGAACGACGUCAUCUUGCCCUUUCUAAAAAGGGCAAGAUUGGAUUCGAUUAGGCAUUUUAAUGAAAUCAAGAUCGACCGCCAACUCAUCACGGCGAUGGUAGAGAGAUGGCGAAAGGAGACACACUGCUUCAAUUUUCGUGAAGGCGAGUGCACCAUCACACUUAAGGACAUCGCCAUCCUAACCAAUCUGCCCAUCGAUGGUGAUGUUUUUUGUGUGGACUCUACGCCACGACCUAAAGUUGUUGCCAAUAUGAGUGGUUGGCAGCAUUUUGUAUGGACGGUCACCGGGUUGUGUCCGCCAGAAAAGGGAGAUCACGAUGCGGAUGGUCAUCCACCAUUGUCCAAGGGCCAAGUAUCCAUCACGUGGUUGAAAGCGGAGAUCAGGCGUAAGCACAACCCUGAGUUCGGAGGCAUUCCCCUCACGAAGUAAAGUGCGGAGUGUGAUAAAGACAUUUAUGCACGUAGCUACAUCCUCGACAUGAUCGGAGGAGUUUUCUUCCCCAAGAAAUCCAACAACCUAAUAAGCAAUUCAUGGUUGAAGAUCAUACUUGGUAGUUGGGAUGAUAUGGGAAACCUGAGCUGGGCGUCUGCUUGCCUAGCUCAUCAACUUAUAGUGAAAUUUAAAUUCUUCUCUAGGAUGGCGACCAGUACUAAAUUUCACUAUAAGUGGAAGACCACCGCGAGGGCCAAGGAGGUGUUCCAUAUGCAAAGUACCCGAUCAUGAUAAACGAAAAUGUUCCGG